AUGAUUUUCCUUUACUUCUUAGGUUUUAUUCUGUUUAAUUACCGAUGGUUCUUAUAUGUCAUUGCUAUUGACACAGAAUUGGAAUCGGUUACUCUUAGGGGUAGAUUUACCGGUCAAGAUGUCGAAUUAUGCCCAGGUUUUCAUAAGGGAGCUAUACCACCCUUUUUAACAAGUUGUGAUAAUAAAACAGACCAAUGUAUUUCUGAUCAUUUUGCAAAACAAUUCGAGUUUUGUCCUUCAUGUAUUAAUGUCGACCCAUCGAAUUUAUUAGACAUGAAUAAUUGUGAAUGUGUUCAAUGUGGCCUCAGUGCCUUAAUUUCAAAUUGUUUCGAAGAUCAUUGUUCAGACAAGGGCCAAUUAGAUGUUUUGAAAAAAGUAUUAUCAGGUUUUACUCAAGGUCAAAGAAAUGUUAAAUUACAAGAUAUUGAUUCAAACGGUUCAUCAUCAAUUACUAAUGGUCCCGCUUUGAAAUAUUUUAAAGAUAAAGAAAAUAAUAAGAUAUAUAGAGGACUAUUGUCUUUUGAAAAGCUAUUGUUAAGUCAAUCGAUAUUGAACGUCUUGGAGUGCCCAUUAAAAGAGAAUGAGUCGAUUUCUGAAAUCUUAGAUGCACAAUUUUGGCGUAGGAAGAAAAAACAACCUAAAGAUGAUCAGGAUGACAAAGGCAAAAAUGAAGAUGAUAAAAAUAAUAAUGAUGCUUCUUUUAAACCUCCUUUAUUUUAUACUACAACAAAUACUUUCACUACGUACGUCCCUAACGAGAAAACUUAUACGAAAUGGAAGCCAAAAGUUAUCGAAACAACGGUGAUUAUUGAUGAAUGCUCUGGAGUUCGAACUUUUACAACCAUUGAAGAUACACUCUAUGUGACAGAUUAUCAAACUGUUGUUUGGACAGACUAUGAUACAACAACAGAAACUGAAACUGAUACCAAAUAUAUUAAAAAAUUAAAGACAAAAUAUUUACAUGAUUAUGUUACAUUCACAGAAACUGAUUAUGAUUUAAUAACCAAGACCAAAUAUAGACAUGAUUUUAUUACCACAACUGAAACCGAGAUUGAAGGAACAACCAGAAUAAUCAAAGUUGGGAAAAUAACUGAAACUGUUUCUUUGCCUGGUAAAGCGACACAAACAACAACAACGACUGACACCAAAUACAAAUUUAAAUGUAAGAAAGUGAGGAAGACCGUAACCGACACUUUGACGAAAACCUCAUUAACGACACAAACUACUAUUGAAACUAAGACUAAAAAGAAAUGGAUUCCUCGAACAACAACUGUUACCUCAGUUUCUACUUAUACAACAGUCUCUUCAGUACUCGUAUGUCCUCCACAGCCUCCGUUAGGUGGAAGAGGAAUGAGAAUGGGGCUAAGUCCAGAGAGGACGAACUUGAGGUUUGGAAUAUUUAAUAAAUCAGAGAAAGAAGAAGAACAAGAAAUGGAAAAAAGAGGCAUUAUGACAGAUUUUGUUUCUGAGGAAGGAAAUAGAUCCAAAGAUAACUUACAAGGUAGUGAUGGGAAUUCUUAUCUUUAUACGACUACCUACCCUGUUACUCGUACUAAGAGUUCAUUUACCACUUCUACUAACGGACAGAUGCCUAUUUUAGCAAUAACAAGAAGGAACGCAACAUCAAUACAAAACCCAUUAUUACGAAAUGACUUUGAUAAUGAAAGAAAACAGCAUACAGAAAACCGUGCGGUACAUUCAAUUACUCCAACGGUAGUUUCCGGAGGAACCCCCCUAACUUCAUCUUCUAUAUUAAAAUCAACUAUAUUUACAGUAACUGUCUCCACUAUUAUUUUCCUGACAUUUUCGAAUGUUUUCGAUUCAUUUAUUAACGUAAAUGUAAAUCCUGAAUUUGGUAGUAAAUUGAAAAAGGAAAGGGAUUUAAGAGUUACUGAGGAGGGAUAUAAAGACGUUCCAAAACUUCCACCAGAAUCAGACCAAUCAUAUAAAGAAUAUAUUGCAUUUUUGGAUGUCGAUUAA